UCAUCAGUUUUCAACCUUUGAGGCUUUGAACUUUUUAUUUUUAAUUCGAAACCUAAUCAAAUCACUGUUGUUUUUAUGAAUAUAUUACAUAGUACAUACCACUAAAACACGUACCUUUACAUACUAUUACAUUUCUUGGAAUUGUCAGAAAUUAUGUUACUUUUAUGUUUAUUACAGUGUAUAGUUGAACAUUGUGUGUUUUUAAUUAAUUGUUCGUUAACAUGAUUGUACACCUCGAAAAACAUGUAAAUUUGUUUUUGUACAAUUAAUGAUAUAAAGACAUAUAUUGACCAACUAAUUCGUCAAAAACAAAAGCUCUUUGUUGUUAAUAAUUAAGAUCAGUUUUAAUGGAAUCCGUUAAUAAGCUGAUUCAACUAUUAAAACGCAGAGGAGAAAAUUUUGUCACUGGUCAUGAAAAAUUAAUUCUCAAUACAGAAAUUCUUCACACUAUUAGCACAAGAGUAUUAUCAACACUUCACAAUGAUCAUAUUUUAAAUCAUCACUAUUUAUCUGAAAUUUUAAAGAAAGUUGCAAAGUUGAAAUUACUAAAAUCAUCUAAUUUUGAUCUCAAUCAGUCUAUUGAACUUUCCUCUUUUCAUAGUCUAAUUUAUUUAGAACUGUGUGAUGUAGAUAUAGAAUGGAUAAUAGGCUUGAAUUAUGAAAAAAUUGAAGUUUUAAUUAUUUAUGGUCCAUUAAAGUCUUUAGCUGUGUUAUUAAAUAAAAAAUGGGCUAAUCUCAAGUAUUUAGCACUAAGAGGAACCCAUCUUGAAGCAUUAGAUAAUUCAAUAUUACUAGCACCUUCUCUUACAUAUUUAGAAGCGCCAAGAAACUUACUAACUGAAGUCAAAUAUAUCGAAAAACUAGAAUGUUUAGACAUUUUAAAUUUAAGCAUAAAUAGACUGACUCAAGUACCAAUAUUAAGCGACUAUGGAGCUAGAAAUUUAACUAUAUUAAUAUUGAGUUAUAAUUGUAUAAACAAUUUAUCAGGUUUAUCUAAAUUAACAAAUUUAAAGGUAUUAGAUUUGUCAAAUAACAUGAUUGUGCACCAUGAAUCAAUAUCAGCAGUGGGUGACAUGGCUUUUUUAAAAUAUUUAAAUUUAAGCAACAAUCCUGUAGGUUAUAUAAAGAACCAUAGAGAAAGAACUUGUGGAUAUCUUCAUGAAAAUGCAGCUGUUGAACUAUUUGAACUUGACAAUCGACUACUUUCAAAAUCAGAAAAACAGUUUGUUGGACAGUCUUCCAGAUCAUUAGAUGUGUCAUUUUUACAUUAUCAACAGCCUCCUACAAGUGUUAAAGCCAAAAAAAUAAGAUCUCCCGUUAUUGAAGACCAUAAAUGGGAGAAAAGUUGCAUUAUCCAAACUCCUGCACUACCAGCAACUUCAAAAAAAGAAAUUCCAAAGUCAGAACAUUUAACCACAAAAAAAAAAAUUGAAAAUGUACGGGAAAUGUUUGGAGAAGAUAAUUGGUUACAUAGUCAUGCUGGAAGUUAUGUUCAAGAUAUUUUGGGUAUCAAACAGCAGUCAGAAAAUGAAUCUUUUUGUGAAGAAGUUCCUGUAGUACAAAUUAUUGAAGACGGUAAAUCAAAAUCUAAUGAUCUUACUGAUGAAAAAGAAUGUAUUAUAUUAAGCAAUGAAUCUCAAUCAGAAAUGGAUAUAGAGCCAGAAAUUGUUCAAACAUUAAAAGUUGAUUCAAAUCUAGAAUAUCACAUGUUAAACAAAAACGAAGAACCUUUAAGAUUAUCAGAAAAAUAUUGGCCAGCUCAAAAUGUUGAUGUGAUAACUAAUGAAUAUUCAAAUAUUUUAUUAUGUUUAACUGAAAGAGAAUUAAAAGAAAGAAAUUCUGUUGAUGGUCAUUUGCUUGCUAACUGGAGCCGAGAUUCUAUUGAAAGUUGUGUCAAAAUUGGAUUUGACCCUAUUAAAUUGCAAUUAAACUUUAUGACCAUUCGAAAAAACCUAAAUCAAAGAAUAUAUACAAUGAGUGAAGAUGAUGCUAAAGAUUUUUUAAAUAUUAUUAGUAUGGAAUUAGAAUCAAGAACAUUAAGUGAAAUGAACCAAUUGGUAUUUAAAUGUAUAAAAUGUGAUACAAUAUUUUGUCAAGAAAACAAUAAAAAUGUUCUUAAAGAAAAAAGAAAAAACUGUUGUCCUAGUUGUGACAGCUAUAUAAUUGUACAAAUAGAAGAAGAACUUCUUCCAUCUACUUCUAAUAAGUCAAAGCAACCAUCAGAAAUAGAUGAGCAAAAUUUUAUUGACGAAGAAAACUCUAAUAAUUCAACACCUAUUAAUUCAAGAUCUAGCUCUGAAGAACCGGAACAACGAUUAUUUUCUAGUAAUGAUAGCGAUGUAGAAAUUAUAAGUAAUCCUAGUGAGAAUUCUGUUGAAAUUCUGGAAGUAAUAUCAAGUAAAGAAAUUAAAUCAGAAAAACCUCAGCUGACUGUUGAUGUCCGGACUGCAUUGACUGAAAGUAGCUCUUCAGGAUCAAUGACAGAUAGUGUGUGUACCGCUUAUGAAAGUCGAAAGCAACACAACAACAGUUCGUCAACAAUAAAAGGAAGUAACAUCGAUUCUAGGAUUCCAUCGGUAGUAGAUGUGCCUAUUAAGUUCUCUUAUGAUGAUUUUGUAUCUAUCGAUCUACGGUUAAAAUCAUAUGUUCAAAAUAAAUAUUUCCGGGAUAAAGAAGAAUUUGUAUUGGUUUUUCGAUGUAAUUGUAUAAUGACAAGCCCAGAUCACCGACUUGAUGGGUGUGUGAUUAUAUCAAACAAAUCACUAUAUGUGUUUAAAUUCAUUGGCCAACCAGAUGAACUUUUACAAAAAGUAUCUAGACAUCGGUUAAGUCUUGUCAAGUCCAUUGCUGCUCUUCCAUGGAAUGUUGGUCUAUCUAUAUGUGUCACUCAACCAGAAAGAGACAUGAAAUAUGCGUUUGUUUUUUAUGUGCCACAUAUUACAAUACGAUUAAUUGCAUUUUUAGAAAGGAUAAAACCAUUUGAACAACGAGAGGUAUUAGUUUCUUCCCCAAACACUAAUUCUUAUUUAUAUGUCAACAAUAUCCUUUAUAAAAAUGAAUUGCACUUACCUAUUAUUCAUGUGGUGUUUUGUGAGUGUGCGACAAUCAUCACAGAUAAUGGACUUGUUGAAAUUAUCGAAUUACCGGGUAUAGUGAUUACAGAAUAUGAACUAGUAGUAUUAGGUGGUGAAUGUGCAUGGCUGAUACCUUACGAUGAACAUUUCCCAACAUUAGCUCAUGUUCAACAAAUGAGUACAUUCAUUCGUAUUGAUAAAAACAAAGAGACACUUGGCUUACACUUUAAUGACAAUGUAUCAUGGUCAUUGAUAGUAAAUCAUAUUGAAGCUGAAUACCUGAUGGAUGAAACAAUAAGAAUAAUAACAAAUGCAAAGCAAAAAUUGUGUUCUGCCAUGCAAAUGGCCAAUUUAAAUUGCUCAACUUAAAUGAAUCAAGUCAUCCAAUGAAAUUGUUACAGCUCAAAAUAUCACAGAUUUCAGAAAUGUGUGCAAUUCAAAUUUAUUAUUUUUUAAACGAGAUUAUUUAUUUUAUUAAUACAAUCAUCUUAUUGACAUUAACAUUAUUCAACUUUGUGUGAUUAAUUUAAAUGUGUCCAUAUAGAGCAUAAUAUGUGCAUCUACUUUAUUCAUUGUUAU